AUGCAGUGGCGGACGUGGGUCAUACUCAGCCCGCCUUUCUGGUGCGCGGAAGUGACAACAGCACUACCGGGAUCUGCUGCGCCCGUCACGGCAGAGAUCACUCGCAGCGAACCAAGCAGGCCCGUCGAGUCGACCGGGCCUUGGACCGACCCUACACUUCAUGACCCAUUAUGGCUCAAGUAUGGGCUCAAUGCUUCCGCCGAAUACAAGUACUUUCACGAACCCGGUCGUGAUGAUAUUCUGGGUCAUUACGAUAGUCGAUACUUCACUGCGCCCGUGAACGAUUCGCAGCGCGCAGAUACACUGACGCAGAUGGUUCGGGCGUAUCUGAACUUCUUUGACGAUAAUGAUUUGGAGACGUGGAUUGCGCACGGGACAUUGUUAGGAUGGUGGUGGAACGGGAAGAUUCUUCCUUGGGAUUGGGACAUGGAUACCCAGGUUCCCGACACCACUCUUGCCUAUCUCGCGGAUCAUUACAAUCAGACCAUUAUCGAAUAUGUGACGCCCGGAGCGCAAGACAAGCGAGACUUUUUACUAGACAUCAAUCCAUGGUCGCGACAGCGAGAACGCGGCCAGGGUCUCAAUAUUAUCGACGCUCGAUUCAUCGACAUCAGUACUGGACUCUACAUCGACAUCACUGGAAUCAGUCAGUUGGAGGUGGAUCAUCCCGAUAUCUGGCAGUGCAAAAACUUCCACAAGUACCGCCUCCAAGACAUUUAUCCUCUGCGUCGAACGACAUUCGAGGGUGCUCCAGCUCGGAUCCCUUUCGCAUAUGAUGCGCUUCUGAUCGAGGAAUAUGACAAGGCGGCGUUGACCUCGACGAGUUUCCACAAUCAUACGUGGAUCCCUGCCAUGGCCGAGUGGGUGCAUGACGAGGCAGUUUCGAGUAUAUACGACCAAGACUCGCACGAAGCCGAGCAAUACGAUUAA